CAGCGCCGUGCUCCGCCUGUGUUUCUGUCACGUGCGCGCAGCGUGAGUUUGUGAUGAUGAACGGAUGAGACGCUGUCGGGAUUCAACGCUCGGUUUAGCGAGUCUGAUUAUGUGAGGGAAUUAUCAUAUCGGUCUUCUCUUUAGUAUCUGAUCAGAGCGUGUAAUGAUGAGGAAGCAGCAGACGUUCAGCCGCGGUCUGUCCGAUAAAGUCCGCAAAUCUAAAGCGGCUCCGGAGAUCCAGAAAAACCCGUUCGAGGUGAAGAUAAACCGCAAGAAGUUCGAUGUUUUGGGCCGCAAGAGUAAACACGACGUGGGUCUGCCGGGGGUCUCCAGAUCCAGAGCCAUUCAGAAGAGGAAGGAGACUCUCCUGAAGGAGUUCAGAGCGAAAGACAAAAACAACAAGUUCAUCGACAGACGCUUCGGUGAAUAUGACCAAAAAAUCACACCUGAGGAGAAGAUCCUGCAGAGAUUCACGCUGGAGCGACAGCGCACUCAAGACAGGAAGGACAUGUAUAAUCUGAAUGAGGAAGAGGAGCUGACCCAUUAUGGCCAGUCUCUGGCGGAGAUGGAGAAGAUGACAGAUGUGAUCGACAGCGACAGCGACUCUGAAGAAAAGGGCCUGCUGUCAGCUGAACUGACCGCCACACAUUUCGGCGGCGGUGGAGGUUUGCUGAGGAAGAAGAGCGCUGGAGAUGAAGACGAAGAACACAAGCCCAAAUCACGGCAGGAGCUGAUCGAGGAGCUCAUUAUCAAAUCCAAACAGGAGAAGCGCGAGCGUCAGACGCAGAAGGAGGAGGCGCAGGAGCUCACGGAGAAACUGGAUCAGGAGUGGAAAUCCAUCCAGAACCUUCUGGCCCACAAAACCCCCAAAGCAGAGAGGAAAGACGAGACGGACAAACCUAAGCUGGACGAGUAUGACAUGACUGUGCGAGAGCUGGGUGAUGAAGAGGGAGGAGAGAAGGAGGAUGAUGAUGAUGCUGAGGGUGAAGAAGAAGACGAGGAGGGUGGUGAGGAUGCUGAUGAUGAAGAUGCAGAUGAUGAUCACUGUGACCUGCAGUCUGAUGAGGGCAGUGAGGAUGAGGACGCUGAGGGCGCUGAGGAAGAGCAGGUCUGUGCUGAAGGGCCUCCAGCAGUGAUUGAGGAGCAGAAGAAAGCUGCACAGGAAGCAGCCAAAGCAGAACUGCCCUACACCUUCACAGCUCCAGAGAGCUACAGUGAUCUGAAGGCACUCCUGCAGGAUCACGGAUCAGAUCAGCAGUGCCUCAUUCUGGACAGAACACUGAAGUGUCACCAUCCCAGUCUGGCCGCAGGAAACAAAGCCAAACUACAGAAGUUGUUCGGCUUUCUGCUGGAGUAUGUUGGUGAUCUCGCUACCCAGAAUCCUCCUGAUCUGAGAACCGUCAGCGCACUUAUCCCUCAGAUCUGCGGUCUGUGUCAGAUGUUUCCUGAGGCUGCGUGUAAAGCCGUGCAGACGUUACUCAGCGACAGCGGCCACAGCAUGGAGGAGACGCUGGAGGUCAAAGGUCGAGCGCCGAUGCCUGAUCUGGACAUGCUGGUCCUCCUGAAGAUCACGGCGCUGCUGUUCCCCUCGUCAGAUUUCAGACAUCCGGUGACGACUCCAGCGUUCCUCUACAUCAGUCAGGCGCUCACCAGGUGUGUGGUGCUCUCUCUGGAGGACGUGUGUAAGGGUUUGAUCCUCUGCUGUCUGGCGCUGGAGUUCGUCUCGCUGUCUCGGAGGUUUUUCCCAGAACUGCUGAACUUUCUGCUGGGACUCCUGCACCUGACUGUCUCUGACAAACGCAACAUGGGUACUGCAGUGUGUGAGAGUGUGUGUGUGUGUGUGAGUGAGGUGUUCUAUAAUAAUAAACACGCAUGGCCAGUGAUUUCCUCUCUUCUGCAUCUGCUGUGUUUGUGUUUCAGGCUGUCGCUCAUCGAUUCCUGUCUGGAUCUGGUGAAGAGAUGCACGUCGCUCUAUAAAGACCUGCCGUCAUUCGCUCACAUCUUUCAGCCAAUCAGAACGCUGCUUCUCCAGCAUCUUCCUGUCGAGGGUUACCCCGCCCCUAUCCAGGAUCUUCACAGCGAGAUCUUAGACGCCAUUCCUGAGCAGCCUUCCCAGCAUGCACCUCUGGUGUUCAAGAAGAAGAAACCCAUCCCGCUGAAGCUCUUCACACCGAAAAUAGUGCAGAUUCUGGAUUACGGUAAAAAGCGAGGGAACACGAAGGAGGAGAAGGAGCACGAGCGGCUCAAGCACAAAUACAAGCGUGAGUUUAAGGGAGCGCUGAGGGAGAUCCGGAAGGACACACGCUUCCUGGCUCGGGAGAAGCUCUUUUGA